AUGCGGACCUCCUGUCAGAUCUCGAGGGAAAAGUGGCUGACAGGGCUCCAGUUCCUUUAUGAAUCGUGGGGUCUCUAUGCUUUAGGCCUCAUUAUUCUACUCGCUCGUUUCUUUGUGCGAUUGAGAACUGUUGGAUGGCGGGGCCUCCAAGGCGAUGAUGCUUUUUCUUUCCUUGUUAUGAUCUUUUAUACCACGGAUGCUGUCACGGUGCACUUAAUAUACUAUCUUGGUACCAACAUCGAAGCUGGAGUCGCAGCACUUGAUCACAAACUUAGCGAAUCUGAAAUUCAUCAAUACGAGCUGGGCUCAAUGUUUCAACUUGUCGCUUGGUAUUCAUACACGGCACUCAUUUGGAGUCUCAAGGGAACUAUGCUUUGCUUCUUUGCCCGAAUGACAAUUGGAACGUGGCACAAAUCGUUUGUUCAGAUCGUAUCGCUUCUGUGCGGUAUAACAUACGCUGCUGUGGUUCUUACGAUCUCAAUCGGAUGCCUUCCCUACGAAGCAAACUGGCAGAAUUACAGAGUUGUGCCUGAUCCUCCAGCAAGAUGCAGUUUCAAAAUUCAAAACUUUUUGGUUACUACUGUACUCAACGUCUUAACUGAUGGCUUGAUUCUUUGCAUCCCACUACCACUUCUCUGGAAACUCCAAAUUCCAUUUCACAAAAAACUUGUCAUAGGUCUACUCCUUUCUUCAGGAGUAUUUGUCAUGGCAGCCGCCCUGGUCCGCGUCGUCCUCACCCUCUCAGCCAACCCGUCAGCACUCACCAUCAACGCCUGGGGCAUCCGCGAAACCAUCGUCGGCAUCGCCACAGUCAACAUUCCCGUCCUACGAUCACUCUUCUCACGAUCAUUAUGGAAAGGAAAAGCGCCAAGCGAGAUCUGCUCGUCGUACCAGGGUUCGUCGGGAAGUGUGCGCAACAGACUCACUAAGCAAAACAUUUCAACACCGUAUGGAAUGAAAAAGGUUUUUGAUGGUAGUGGAGGAUGGAAGCACAGUCACGAGAAGAGCGAGGAGUCGUUGAACCCAAAGGUUAGCAAGUUGGCCGAUAUUAUCGUCGAGAGGUCGUAUCACGUUCAGCACGAACAAUAUGAUGGAUGGCGGGGACAUCACCAUGCGAGAUCGAACACGUCGAUUUACGCGCAAUCGCCAGUAUGA